GAGGGUCGUCUUGAAUACAUCCCUUCACGCCGCGGGCAAGAUGCCUCCCCGGAUACCCAUCUGCCAGUGCCUCAAGGCAUCAUCCAAUGUAACCCAGCACGCGACAGCAGCUUUUCGUCCCUUCACCACCUCCACAUCCAUCCAAGCAUCAAAGACUACGCAAAGAAAAGGGUUUCGAGACCCGUACGCCACUGCCCAAGCCAAGGCGCGGAAAUCAGCAAACAUCAGCCGGCAAGAGGUGUUGCGCAUAGAGCGUGCAGAGGCGCUAGGGGAUCCUGUCCGCGGCACCGAAACACCUUACCUCCGCUCUCUCGAUGAGCCUCCCGCUCCCACGAGCUCAGCCCCUUCCGAGCCCACUUCCACUGCUUGGAAAAAGGAUGCUGGUGCUACUGCGACAUCAUCAGCGGAAACAAGCGGGCCGCUCAACUACUUCCUGAACAAAUCCGAGCUCGAUAAAGGCCUAGAAUACAGCAAAUGGCUGUCCAAGCCGUCGAUGGAACCACAGGAGUAUGGUUCCAACAGUAAAUUCACCGACGAAAAAACGCCAGAAGAGCGCGCAGCGGAUGUGGAAAAGGUACAAGCAAACGCCGAGGAGGCGCUACGAAGAAUAGCAGACCUCUCCCUCGGCAGUUCGAAAGAUCGAAUGCGGGUGAAUGUGCAGAGAAUCAUCCAGGACUUUGGCCGCCACACCACCGACUCGACUCUUCCCCCACGACUCCCAUCCUCCGUCCCCCAAUCUGACGAACAAUUACCCGCUACACCGCGCGUCGGACCCGAUACCGGCAGCAGCGAAGUGCAAGUCGCCAUCCUGACCGCCAAGAUCCGCACGCUCGUGCAAUUCCUUGAAACACGAGGGACAAUGGACAAAGCGAAUAAACGGAAUCUCCGCCUGCUGGUGCAUCGACGCGCGAAGCUGUUGAAGUAUCUGCGUCGCAAGGAGAGGGGCGGCCCGCGCUUCCAGAAUGUGGUGAAGACGCUGGGAUUGACCGAGGGGACUUGGAAGGGAGAGAUCAACAUCGUUGGCCCGCUGGGUGGGCAUUCGCCUAUACGGCUGGCGAAGUUGCAGGCCAGAGGCUGGGGCGUACCUUAGGCUUGUCCAUGUGCAUGCUAUAGAUUGUACAUAUAUUCAAAGCCCAUUUCACGAC